GCAAUGGCAGCGCCCGAUCAAAAUGGCCGCUUCCGUUGCAUCAUUAUAUAGUUUAUAAGAGUCAAUAUUUUUAACUGGUAAUUAACAAAAUGUGUAGGUAUUUAAUUAUUUCUAAUCAACGCGAUUAACUUUCGAUAAACUCAUUUCAAGAUAGAUUGACAAUAUAAAUUUCAAACCGGUCGCUGUUAGGUUAGGUCGACGUAAAGAAGAAAUGUAUUUUAAUGUUUAUAACAAAUUAUUAGGCGUUCACGCAAAACAAAUACAUACUAACGUGUCUAAGAUCUUGUACAAUCGUCAUUAUGAGUCUGCUCAUAAUAAAAAUAUUCGUUCUUCGCGUUUAUAUUGGAGUGGAUUUAGUGUACUGGUCCUUGGAUUAAGUUAUGCUGCGGUGCCGUUAUACAGAAUAUUUUGUCAGGCAUACAGUUUUGGUGGGACGGUAUCCGUUGGUCAUGAUGCUGAUAAAGUUAGCACUAUGCAACCCAUUAAGGAUAGAGUAAUAAAAGUUGCAUUUAAUGCAGACACUGCGGCUACAAUGCAAUGGAACUUUAAACCUCAGCAAAAUUAUAUAAGAGUUUUACCUGGUGAAACUGCUUUAGCAUUUUAUACUGCUAAGAAUCCAUUGGACGUACCGAUUACAGGUAUAUCAACUUAUAAUGUGGUCCCAUAUGAUGCAGGACAGUAUUUCAAUAAAAUACAGUGUUUUUGUUUUGAAGAACAACAACUUAAUCCACACGAAGAAGUUGACAUGCCAGUGUUUUUCUACAUUGAUCCACAAUUUGCCCAAGAUCCUAAAAUGGAGAAUGUAGAUGAAAUCAUACUUUCGUACACGUUCUUUGAAGCCAAAGGACAAGUGAAGAUACCUAUACCAAAUUAUGCAAAGAAACAUGUAUCAUAACUGUAACGAAUAAGUUAACUUAUAAAUGAUGUACAGAAUAUUAUCGAUAAACAAAUGCUUAAUAUCUAUUUAA